CUCUCUCUCAACUCAAUUGUGUCUCUCUCCUCUCCUUGGUUCCAUUUCGACAAAAAGCCGAAUCACAACAUGUUGAGGGUUGCGGCGAGGAGGCUCUCUUCUCUCACUGCUUCGCCGUGGCGGCCCAGCCAGGCCACUUCCGCGUCCUCCGUCCUGUCUCGGAAUCUCAUCGAUGGUCGUGACUCCUCCUCCGAUGACCUCAGAUCCGCCUACUUCAGGCCCGACUUGUAUCUUCCUUCUAGAGGUUUCGCUUCCAAUUCAGUGACCCCGUCAGGGGAAAACAGCUUAGUAUCAGAUGUUCCUCCAACUGUAGCAGCUGUCAAAAAUCCUUCUUCGAAGAUAGUUUAUGAUGAUUACAACCACGAGCGUUACCCUCCUGGCGAUCCCAGCAAGCGGGCAUUUGCCUACUUUGUCCUCACAGGCGGUAGGUUUGUCUAUGCUUCUCUGAUUCGUUUACUGAUCCUCAAGUUUGUACUGAGCAUGUCAGCCAGCAAGGAUGUUCUAGCAAUGGCCUCUCUCGAGGUUGAUCUUUCUAGCAUUGAACCAGGCUCAACUGUGACUGUUAAGUGGCGUGGAAAACCAGUGUUUAUCAGGCGCCGAACUGAUGAUGAUAUCAAGCUGGCAAAUAGUGUAGAUGUUAAUUCUCUUCGUGAUCCACAACAAGAUGCUGAAAGGGUUAAAGACCCAGAAUGGCUUAUUGUUGUUGGGGUCUGCACACAUCUGGGAUGCAUUCCCUUGCCAAAUGCUGGUGAUUUUGGGGGAUGGUUUUGCCCUUGCCAUGGAUCCCACUAUGACAUUUCAGGCAGGAUCCGCAAGGGACCGGCACCAUACAAUUUGGAGGUACCCACAUAUUCAUUCUUGGAGGCGAACAAAUUAUUGAUUGGUUGAUAACAUCAGGUUCUCCAGGGACUCGAUUGCGACCCAAUGCUUAUUUAAUCUGAUAAUGUCGAAGAUAUGUUACAGACAAUUUUGUGCCGUCUUCCCUCCGGGUUGUUUAAAAAUAUUAUGUAACUUGGAUACUUGAUCCCCUCUGGGUGUGUUAGCUUUGGAUUCUCAAUAAGUUCACCUCGGCUUUUGCUGUGCA